AUGUCUGAGACUGUCCUUUCGUUCUUGCGCUAUCUUAAGUGCAGUUAUUUGAAAGGUUUUGCCAAUACUUCACCUUUGAAGAUUGUAUGCGGAAAUCAGUCUGCCGACCUGGAUUCUGUUGUUUCCGCGAUUUCCUUUGCAUAUUUCAGCUAUCUUAAAGACCCCCGAAAUCCAAUCCUUCCAGUGGUAAACAUACCCAGAAAUGAUUUAGAUUUAAGAAGAGAUAUUGUGAGCGUACUCAAGCGACAGUCUAUUCCUAAAAAUUUGCUCUACUUUCAGGAGGAUAUUCGGGAUUUAAAGAGGCAAUUUGGUUGUAAGGUAGAGUCGAUUCUGGUGGAUCACAAUGAUCCACAGUCGGACCUGAAAUUAAUCAUUGAUCGAGUGAUUGGAAUCAUUGAUCAUCAUGAGGACUUAGGACUUUACAAGGAGGAAAUUGCACAAAGUAACGGUCCUCGUAUAAUAACUACUACUGGUAGUUGUUCUUCUCUAGUGUUGAACUACUGGUACGAUUUGAUUGGUCCAGAGUCUGUGGCUCAAAUGAAAGAUUCAUUUCCAUUAUGCCUCGGCGCAGCGUUAAUCGAUACUUCGAACUUUAAGUUUAAGGUCGAGGAAGCCGACUUAAAGGUUUUGGGCAUUUACAAGAAAUAUUUACCAGAGGUUAAUUUCGAAGAAUACUAUAAACAAAUCCGUGAAGCAAAGGAUGAUAUAAGUGGUUUUUCAUUGAAAAGUGUGCUGAAAAAAGACUAUAAGGAGUUUGUUUUCGACAAAUCGUCUUCGCCUGUUCGAUGUGGUAUUGCAUCUGUCGUGAAGCCUCUAAGUUGGUUGAGACAAGAAUACGGGAUUGAAAACAUAGAUCACACAUGUAGUGAACUUUUGAAAGAACAAUCACAGGAUAUCUUUCUGAUUCUAACCAGUUUUAUCAAAGAGAACACCUUUCUGCGAGAAAUUGCUUUUUUCGCACAUCCGGAUACAAUUCACCUAUGCGAUGAGAUUAUUUCACAGGUCAGUCCAGCUUUGAAACUCAAACCUAUUGAUGAAGUACAGGUGUCCUCUGAGAAUUGUUUGAAGGCUUUUGACCAGUUAAAUGUCUCUGCAAGCCGUAAGCAAAUAGCACCAUGUAUUGAGAGAGCUGUUAGAUCAUUAUAA